AUGGGCCGGCGCAACAGAAUCGUAGCGUCCUUGCUAACUUUAGCAUGCGCGACUUCCACCGCCCUUGCGAACAAGAAAGUCUUCAAUAUUCACGAUGAUCUACUCGCGUUUCCUCAAUACCAAGUCCUUUUCCCUGACGAAUACGUUCUUGACUCUCACGCGAAAGAACUACUACAGACGCAAAGUAGCCCUCCCGUUUACGAUGACCAACAAGGAAACUCUCUACAAAAGCCGCAGAUCCCCUUAAAGCCUCGCACAGAUGAGUCGCAAGAGCACAGUGCGCGACAGGAGGGAGGUCCCCAGCUCACCUACGAGGAGCUAACCCUCCAAGGCCAACGAUUCCUCUGUCAAAUUCCGCACGUCGAGAGAGACGAAAUGGGGCAGACGAAUAGAACCAAGGAUGCCAACGAGACGGAUGAGAAGCAGGAGCUGGCCCGGGCGACGGACCGCGGCUUGGAACUACUGAGCGAGAUGGAAGGGAAGUGCAUGUACUAUGUCUCAGGCUGGUGGUCGUACUCGUUCUGCUACAAGAAGCAGAUCAAGCAGUUCCAUGCGCUGCCUUCUGGUAGUGGGAUCCCUAACUAUCCUCCCAUGGAGGAUCCGGCAACGCAUUCGUUUAUCCUGGGCCGGUUUCCCCGGGGUAGUGAUGAAGAGGAUGAUAGUGAAGCUGAGCGCAAAAAGACGGCAGAGACGACAACAGCAACAACAACGGAUGUGGCCGAGCUCCAGACGAAGGGGGGAUCGCGGUAUCUGGUACAGCGCUUGGAGGGUGGAACUAAGUGUGAUUUGACGGGGAAGAACCGGAAGAUUGAGGUUCAGUUCCAUUGUCAUCCCCAGUCGACGGAUCGCAUUGGUUGGAUCAAAGAGCUGACGACUUGCUCCUAUUUGAUGGUCAUUUACACCCCGCGCUUGUGCAAUGACGUCGCAUUCCUACCCCCACAGCAGGAGGAGCUCCAUUCGAUUGAGUGUCGCGAGGUUCUCUCGCCUGAUCAGGUUCCCGACUGGGAGGCGAUGCGGCAGUACCAUCUGGCCCAGAGACUUGUCGAAUCGUCAGCUACUACGUCAGAAUUUCCUAUCGUCGGUGACAUUGAGGUCGGUGCCAAGAAGCUUGUGGGCACCGAAGGCAAGGAAAUUGAGAAAGGACGCGUAGCUUCCGCCGGAGAAGAAAAGGUGGAGGUGGUGGCCAAACGCGAGAAUGGCGAGGUGUUACAGUUGCCCAAAGUCGACCUAGAAAAACUUGGGCUUGACCCGGAGAAGAUCGAAACCUUGAAGACCCGACUCGAAGAGCUUGCUCAGGGUAAGGACUGGACAUUGGAACACGUCACCGCCAAUGGUGAGCGUGGAUUGAGAGGAAUAGUGGAUACCGAUGAAGAUGAAGAGGAGGAAGAAACGGGAACCAAGCCCGGGGCAAAGUCGGAGGACCAUGGCACAACGGGAAAGCCGCAUGAGAAGGCUCCCACCGAGAAGGAAGUUCCAGAGGUGGAGGUCUCAGAGGCUAAACCAAAGGACGAGCCAAAGGUGGAGGAGCCGCCCGCGGAAGACGCUGAAGAGGGCAGUGAGGAAAUCUUCAAGGAUGAACUCCGGAAUCCUAUCCCGGUUUGCCAGCUGACGGUGCCCACAAUGGGUUUCCUCGGUGUGUAUACGGCCCUUUACGACUACCACCCCCAGGCGCAAGGUGAAUUAGAGCUUCGCGAGGGCGACCUAUUAUACCUCCUUGAGAGCAACAACGAAGACGAUUGGUGGAAGGCCAAGAAGAAGGCGGAACACGACGAUGAGGACGAGCCCGAGGGUCUUGUGCCUAAUAACUACAUAGAGGAGGCCCAACCAAUUCACGCUGCCAAAGCGCUAUUUGAUUACACACGCCAAACAGACGAAGAGGUAUCCUUCUCGGAAGAUGCAGAACUGGUGGUCUACGACAUAUCGGACCCGGACUGGACCCUAGUUGGGGUCAGCGGGGAUUUCGGUUUCGCCCCUGCAAAUUAUAUCGAAAUUGCUGAACAGGCUGCCCACGCUCCCGCAACGUCAUCUGUUCCUUCUCCUCCCGCCGAAGCAGCACCUCCGACACUCCCGCAGCGCCCAACGGCGGCACCGAUAGAGGAGGCCAGUAGCCCUGUCUCAAGCUCGCCCAUCGGCACCGUUCAGAACCCAGCUGCUGCGGCGAUUGCUGAUAUCAUUCACAAACAGCAUGCAGAGCCCGAAGCCACCAGGGCAGUUCCGCCACCCCCGCAGCCCCAGCCAUCGUAUGAGCCCGAACUAAGCUAUCAGCGGGAGCCUUCGCCGCCGCCGCCGGCCCUCCCACAACGUCCCCCGUCCCAGCAAAUGUCUCCGCGUGUAGAGUCUCCCCGGUCCCCGGGUCUCCCGUUACGUCCUCCUCAAAUCACCUUGGCGCAGGAGCAGGAUACUAAAGGACAUGUGAAAGAGUCCCCGCCGUACAACAGAGUCGGCCCUGCACCCCGUUCUCCUUCCGGCUAUCACAUCUACAAUGUCAAUGAAAUGGUUGAGGUGAUGGGCAAAAGGAAGAAGAUGCCGACAACCCUGGGUAUCAACAUCGCUACUGGGACGAUCUUCAUCUCGCCGGAAGAUGAUGGGGAAGAGCAGGAAUGGACAGCUGACAAGCUGUCUCAUUACUCCAUUGAAGGGAAGCACGUUUUUGUUGACCUUGUUCGCCCCAGCAAAAGCAUUGAUUUCCAUGCCGGCGCGAAAGACACUGCAAGAGAGAUUGUCGCCGCACUUGGUGAAAUCUCCGGAGCGUAUCGAGCAGAGGGCUUAAGGGAAGUCAUUGCGGCUGGCUCUAGUGGGGGAGGACAGAAGAAGGGCCAGAUUCUCUAUGACUUCGUGGCACAGCAAGACGACGAAGUGGGUGUAAGCGUUGGCGAUGAAGUCAUCGUCCUUGAUGACACCAAGUCUGAGGAAUGGUGGAUGGUCCGGCGCGUUAAGAAUGGCAAGGAGGGUGUAGUCCCAAGUAGCUAUGUCGAGAUCACCGGCUAUGCCUCCAGCAGUCAGCCAUCCGGCGUUGAUUCUGGCUUGUCAGCAGUGGAGCGAAACCGUCUGGAAGAGUCAAGGUUGGCCAAGGAGGCUUUGCGCAAGUCACGAACUGAUUCAAUUGAUUCGCCCCGUGCAGAGCAUCACAAGCGUGACAGCCGUAGCAGCCAGAAGUCGAAGCCAGAUCCAACCAAGACGAGACAAUGGACCGAUCGCACCAAAACUUUCACUGUGGAUGCUCAGUUCAUCGGCCUGCAAGAUGGUAAGAUUCAUCUGCACAAGAUGAACGGGGUCAAGAUCGCGGUCCCCAUCCCGAAAAUGUCUAUUCAGGACCUGGAAUACGUUGAGAAGAUGACUGGGGUGUCAUUGGACGAGGACAAGCCACUCUCCGAUAUCAAACGUCGUUCAACACUUCGAGAAGCUGAAAAACCUCGGCCUUCGGCUGAGAACAAACGCUCUGAAUCUGCUGGAGCUUCGUUCCAGCAGUCCGAUUAUGAUUGGUUCGAUUUCUUCCUGAAAGCAGGAGUCGGUCCACACCAAUGUGAGAGGUAUGCGCAGAAUUUCACCAAGGAUUCGAUGGACGAGAGCAUUCUUCCGGAUAUCACGCCAGAAGUACUUCGCACGCUUGGCUUGAAGGAAGGCGAUAUAUUGCGAGUGAUGCGCCACCUGGAUACUAUGUUCAGUCGUACUGGAGCCAAGUCUAAGCUGCGCAACGUAAGCUUCGGUGGGGAGGAAGUUAUCAGCAAUGGUGAGGACAGCGGUGGCCUCUUCGCGGGUCCAGGAGGCGUUCUGCGCAAUAAUACGCGCAAGGGCAGACCAGCGCCGGCUGUGCAGACCGGAGAUGUCGUUGACCCCAAGGCUUUCGAGCAGAAGGAAGACUCUAACCACGCGGAGCCAAAGGAGGCCUCUCCAACUUCUGCGGCUUCGGAAAAGCCCGUCCAACGUGGUUUUGAUGACGAUGCAUGGGAGGUCAAGCAGCCUAAGCAGACUGCCCCCGCGCCAGCGCCAGCUCCAGCUGCUGCGGCUCCUGCGGCUUCAACGCCGACUUCCCCCCCUGCUGCAGCCUCGCCUGUGACAACGCAGCCAACACAACAGCAACUUACAGGGGCGAUGGCAGACUUGUCUGUGCUUCACCCUCCCCUACAACCAACUCCUACCCAACCGACUCCCGUUUCACAACCUCCGCUAGCUGCCCAGGCACCUCCAGCCAUUCAGCCUCAGCCAACUGCUAUACCCGCGCCUGCCCCCCAACAGCCACAGCAAACAGGCGCUACCCCCGGCUUCUUCUCUCAAUUGGGUCAGCCGGCACAGCAGCCGCUCCAGAACCCCACGCAGGGAUUCAGCCCCCAAGCCACUGGGUUCCAGCAAGCUUCCAGACCACGCCCGCAGCCUCCUCAGGCUAUGGGUCAAAAUUCGCUGCUUCCUCCUCCGCCUCCGCGACCACUUUCUGCGCCCCAGAACUUCCCUCAACAGCAAAGCUCUUUUGGCCUCCCGCCACUGCAGCCUCAGCUGACAGGGCUACCUCAAGCCGGACCGCCACUUGCUGCUCCAGGUCAGAGUCUGGCCGAACUAAACCAGCAGCGGUUCCAGCAACCGCUCCAACCACAGCCAACCGCGUUCAUGCCCCACAAUCAGUUCCAAAAUGGCCUGAUGCCACAACCAACUGGCUUCCAACCGCAGUCUCAAUUUGGAAUUCAGCAGCAACAGCAACACCAAGCGGGCUUCCAGGGGCUUGCACCUCAACCUACUGGGUUCGGUUUCCAGGCACAGCCGCAACAACCAAUGCACACCGGCAUUAACUCCGUUCUUCCCCCAUCCCUGCAGCCCCAACCCACCGGUAUUAAUGGUGCUGGUAGCAUGCCUUACAACACUACGUCACCACCGCCAAUCCCACCAAUUCCUCAGCAGCCAACCGCUGCACCUCUGACCCCACAGAAGACUGGACCCGCACCCCCAAUCAGGUUUGGUGUCAAGCAUGACGCUCCCAAGAAGCUCGCUCCCCAGCCGACGGGUCUCCGGGCUAAUCUUGCACAAGCCACGCCCACGAAUCCGUUCGGUUUCUAA